AUGGUUGUUUCAAAACAUUUGAAAUCAGGAUCUGAGUGUCCACCAUUAAAAGAAAAUCAAUUACGUUUAUAUGGUAUGAGAUUUUGUCCAUUUGUACAUCGGGCAAAAUUAGUUCUAGCAGCUAAAGGAAUACCAUAUGAAGAAGUUAACGUUGAUCUUGUGAAUAAACCGGAAUGGUAUUUAGCGAAGAAUCCACCUGGGCAAGUUCCUGCUUUGGAGUGGAUAGCCGAUAAACAAACAAAAUUCAUUCCAGAAUCCUUCGUUGUCUCAGAUUAUCUUGAUGAAUUUUAUCCCGAGCAUCAUUUACAUCCUCUUGAUCCAUAUCACAAAGCUAAACAACGUGUUCUUACUGAACGAGUCAGCAAUUUGAUAACAGCAUUCUACAAAAUAGCUCAUUCUGAAGAUAAAGCAGCUAUUGAUGGUAUGAAGAAACAUUUGUCUUCGUACGAAAAUUCAUUAGAAGAAAAGUUUUUUGGCGGUGCACAGCCUGCUAUGGUUGACUACAUGAUGUGGCCUUGGUUCGAAAGACUUCCUCUAUUGGCAGAUGCUGGUUUUACACUCGAUUCGAAUCAAUUUCCAAAAUUAGCUUCAUGGAUAAAAUCCAUGGAAAAUGUUAAAGCUGUGAAAGAAUGUAAAGUGCCGGAAGAUAUUAUGAGAAAAUUUAUGCAAAGCUAUAAAGAUGGAAAGCCAGUGUAUGAUUUUGAAUAG